UUUAAUAUGUGGCCUCACUGAAUAUCUUGGCUCAAUUUUUUUCCAAUAAACGAAAGUUAAGUACAGAUUGGUUAUGUAUUCACAUUUUGUUACAAAUUUUUAGUCCCAGACAGAAAGGGAGGUCAACAUCACUCACGAUGGGGAGAGAGCCCCGAAAGUCAAAAUUGUCUUUAUUGACAUGGACAGGAGAGCAAUUUCAACUUACUAUUAUUAUGGGACAACAUAGUGCAGGAAGCCCCCAAGUUACGAACAAGAUUGGUUCUGUAGAUUUGUUCUUAAGUUGGAAUGUGUAUGUAAGUCAGAAGAGGUACAUUUUUAAGUGUAACACUCUCUCUCACUCUCUCUCUCUUUCUCUCUUUCUGCUUUGAUUAGUAUAGGGAAGGAUUAACAGCCCCAUGGUGUUUAUUUUACUGUCUGUGUCCCUGUUCAGAAGAUUUUAACUCACUUUCUGUCUCUGUGAUCAUUAGGUUUUGACAAAUAUGGCUUAUGAAAACAAUGAUUGGUGAUAAAGCUUCAGUGGAGACACUUUUCCCCAAUGAUAACUCUUUCAGGGGUAGAUUUCUCUCACUUCCUGUUGUCUCACCUCUGUUCUUAACUGUGAGUCUCCUUGCUUCCAGAAGAUCUGAAUGAGAGAAACCAAGUAGCACAGUGCUGGUGAGGCAUUUAAAGAGGGAGAGCAUGAUAACUUGGUAGUCUGAUGAUGUGGAUGACAUCUAUCCUUCGCUGUGAAAGAAGAAAAAUCUGUUCCUCAUGAUUACUUUCAGGGUCUGUGUGAAUGGUGAUGAGGGAGACAAAAUCUCAGAAUUGGUUAAGCUAUAGUUCAAGGAAGAGGAGAAGAACAUAUUUGAAUGCCUUUGACUCCCUUUUCUUCAUAUCUGACGCUUUGUGGAGAGCAGCUUGGCAAUUUGGCAAAAUUAUGUUAGAAGAAUUUGUGUAAUGGUACCUUUAUCCUACUUACUUGCUAUUUGUUGGUAUUAGCAUACUUCUGGGUCAAUAUCCACGGUUCUGUUAUUUGUCAUUCCAAUAGUCUGGUUUGUUCCCUUCUAUUUCUCUAUGUCCUGAAGCAAUACAGUUUAGAACUGGCUUUCUGUAGUCCAUUGAGAACCUUGAAGUAAUGCCAUGUAAUGAAGAAGAGUGCCAUUCCUUUUGUAGUGUAAUUAUUGGAGUGUGACUUUAUUAAAUUGUGGAAGAUGUAUAUCAUAUAGUUCAAGUGUUGACUUGUACUAUGCCAUGUGCUAUUGCAUUUAGAUCUUUUCAAAGCCAAGUAAAAAUGUCAAUUUCAGUUACUCUUCAAAAAUAGAGCAAUAAUGCUUGAUCUUAAACAUAAUUAUAAAUACAAUUACCUUGAAUUAUAAUGGUAAUCUAAUCCUUAAUCCAUGCAUCCAGUAAGGAAUUUUGUUUUAUCCAGUAGUAUACUGGCUCUGGCUUUUAUCAGCACGAAAUGUAUCAGCUGCCUACGGGGAAGGUCCCAAACUCACAAGGGACUUCACUACUAUGCUGUAAUAAACAUAGUGUCUCCCAUCUUUUCAUGUGUUUUGGAGCACUGUGAAGACAAGACAGUUUGUUCCAUUUCCAGGAAUAGAUAUUGGUCAUGAAACAAAACAAACAAUGGAUCCAUUCCAGAGAGAUAGUAUAUCCACUCUUGACCCCUCUUGCAUCAACUCUGAGUUGAAUGUUGAAGUGACAGAGAUUCAUUACCGUCAGUACUUGUUGUGACUGCGCCUUCGGGGAUUAUGGUUGAUGGUGAUGGAAUUCGAAGAGGAAGAAAAAACCCUCGUGAUGAGGGUUCACUGGAGGAGUUGCGCAGGAAGCGACUUAGAGAGCUAUAUGGGGGAUCUUCUGAGGAAGAUUCAGAUGGGGAGAUGGAUGCUGAGGAACAGGUGGUGGCUGGGGAAGCGGGCACUGAAUGGGCACAGCCACCGGAGAUGUCUGGGGAUUUGGGGUCUAUGGAUACUUCUGAACCUGGGGUUUCUGCAGGAGCUGAUCCCAAUUGGGAUGCUUGGAGAAGGGAGGAUGGUUCUUUAAGUGUUCAUGGGGCUAAGUGUGGGCAGGAUGAUUGGGACUCCGACGAAUUGCUAGGUACUCCAGAUCCACGAGCUCUAGCUGUGUGGAGUUCAGACUCUGAGUAGAUUUGGGACACCUGGUGUUUGGGUGUGAGUGUUUGGUCACCCAGGAGGAAGGGGAAUAAAAUGGGAAUGUUUGGCCACUGCACUUUGCAUGUGGCAAGGUGUUGAUGAGGCGCCAUUGGGAUCUCUGCGCUUUCGUGAAGACUGGACUUGGACUGUGAUUCGGAUCUGCUGAUACCAUCUUUGUGCCUUUUCGUGGACCUGGUUUGGAUAACUGCACCCUCUUCGGACUCUGGAUUGGUAUUUGACCUGGCUUCUGUCUUCGCCCUCUGACUGACUACUUCUCCCGGUUUCUGACUACUGGUUUGUCUUUUGGAAUUUCUGCUGCCUCCUGACCUGACCUUGGAUUCUUCUGACGACGGCUAUUCAUCAUCCCUUUGAGGCUCUCGGCUUAAUUGCACCGUGGAAGCAGUUUUACUGCUUUUCUAGUUUGUUUAUUUUCCAGCAAUUAACUCUAUUUGUUUUCCAAAGCUGAAUUGAAGCAUUAUUUAGUUUUUUAUUGAAUGCCAGCAUGGGAAAUUAGCGUGGCUCGUUUUUGAGUUACUAUUGUCCAAUCUACUCUCGAAACACUGAUAAGUGAAGUGUUUCAAGGAUAUUUCCUGUGUUUAUGUUAUUUUUUGGCUUAUCUUCGGAAUAAACUCUGUUUUGUAACUGGCGUCUGACUCUUGACAGUACUCCCAUGCAAAUAAUGGCCCUUCUACAGUGCCAGAAAUCUUGGGAGGAACUGAGUUAUUUUAACCCAGUUUUGAGAUUUUGCCCCCAAACUCCAGGCUUUUUCUUGGGGGGUGGCUACAUGCCAUCCCAGGCCAUCCAAAAGUUGACCCAGGAGGGCAUCCAGCCACCCCAAGCCUCUCAUUUCCCCUCCUCCACUCUACCUCCUGAUGCAUCAUAUUGGGGGUCUGUGGGGAGGGAGUUUGCACCAUCCCACUCCUUUGGGCUCCAGGAGCCUGAAGAACCAGGAUGGCUGUGGGGACUGACCAACUGGGACUGCAGAAACAGUCCCAGGAGUCAUUCCCCACAGACCUGGUACCUGCAAAGGUCCAGACUUUAGCUUAAGGUCUGGAUCUUUGCAGGUGUCCAAUUAAUCCAGAGAAAACUGGAUCAUUCCAGUUUUCUUCAGAUCAAUCUGGAUUUACCUGAGGCGUCGUUAGAGUAACUAUUUAAGAAUGGAUAGUAAAAUCAGACUGGACUUAUCUCCUCUGUAGCAAUGGAUCUUCUAGCUGGCCCCAAUCAAAUAGCAGCAGAUUAGCCGAACAGAUGCUGUUACAAUUUAGUCUCCGUAAAACAUAACAUUAUUUUCAUUUGAAUGUAUGUUAUUGGAAGAUUCCAUGUCAUUUUUUUUUUUGCUUUGCUUGUUUUAGAUAUCCUUUUACAAGUCAGGAAAAUGUCAAGCUUACAUAGAGAAACAUGGAGCUACAGUAAAUGGCAGUGCCAGAGAGAGUUAUCCCAGCUAUCUUUCAGACCUGUCUUUCUUAUACACUUAUAGCCAAACUUGCUCCUAAAUGGAACCAAGCUGGUCAUCUCUUGAUACAAGGGAAAGAUUUUCUAUCACAACACGGAAAGCAAAAUGCAAUUGUUAUGGACAUCAAUGUAUUAGAAACUCAGCUCUGCAUUAGUGUGGAAGUUUCUACAAUCCGGCUACCUCCAGCUAAGCUAGAAGAUUUUGAUAUUUCAACAAACAUCAUAAAGAAAUUUGACAGUGAUGGUAGUGCAGUCAUUCAAAGCUGUUCUAUUUUAAGUAACUGGUGUUAUGUAUUGCCAAGUAUGAAAAUGGGUCAGAUCAUAAACAUCAGUCAUUUUAUUCCAUCUGAUUCUCCUUUUCAAUCAUACAAUGAGUUGCAGUUGCAUUGGAAAAAUCUGUACGGCUAUAGCCUACCAAAGGAUUCCCAGAAGUAUUGCAACAUUUACUUCAAAUUCAUAGGAGAGCAACUCUUCACAUAUCCUAUGAGUUGCAUCCGAAGUCAACCAGUCCAGUACUUUCCCAGAAUAAAUUUGGAUGGUGUUUUAGAUGCUUUUAUUACUGAUGUGAAGACUAUUAUUCAUACAUGUGGGUUUCCCCUUAAGAUGACAAAUAAAGCACUAUAUGCCACAAAAGAACUUACACAAGCAUCUGCUCAGGAAAUAAACUCUAAACCAGCUAAUCUUACUGAAAAAAGAAACUGCAAGUUAACUCUGACCCAAGGAAUUUCCCCAAAAUGUAUGUUCAGCCCUUUAACCUGUACUAUAGAAAACAGCCACAAGAUGGAGCUUGAAGCCAAGCUGCCAAAUACAGGUAUCUUUUCUAAUCUCAAUUUGCUGAGAAAAGAUGCGAAUCCUGGGGGAGUGGAGAGGAAAGUCUUUAGCAAGGAAGAGUGGAAAACUUCCAAAGAAUCUGCAUCCAUGCUGAACUCAGAAGAUUCUUUUAGAAUCUCAAAUCGUUUUACAAGUGAAAAUACCACUAAAAUCAUACCAAUUUUCAAAGGAAAACUGUUGCAGAUGGAUAGGCAAACCGCAAACGCCAUCAAUGGAAAGAAAAAGCAGAACAUUUCACAAUAUUCAGCAAAAGUAAUGAAAGUUAGCACAGCUGCUAAAUCAGCUGUAUUCAAGUCAAGUCAAGUCCAACUUGACAAAUUAUUACAAGACACUUCAUUAAGUAAUAUUGCACACAGAAGUGUUGUUCAGAUACAGAAUGGAAAAAACAAUGUAAAGUCUGCUAAACCGAACUUAAUAGAAAAAAAUGAGAAUGGUGUACUUCUAUCAAAUGGUGCUUCAACUAACAGAAUCAUUGGGGGUAAUAAUUCAAGUACAAUCAAACCCAAAAGAUUAAAUCCAUCUUUGACAUCUACUAGCUAUCAAUCAGCACAUCCCGCACCGGCUGUCCAACAACAUUUGAAUAAACCUGCAGAUCUCAGCAUAGGAAAUAAUGCCCUGACCAAUUGUUCACAAAAAACCCAUCUCUAUGUAGCUCGCUCAAAUGUGGAUGAAACAAAAUCCACCAUAACUUGGAGUCAAACACAAAGUUCAGCUGAAGAAGCAAAACUGAAUGUGUGCAGAUCAAACAGUUCAGUGCACAAGAGGGCAAAGAAAAGUGGAGAAAAAAAAGAAAUGAUGCUAAAAUCAAAUGAGUAUUGUGAAAACUGGAAUCCAUGCCCAAUUUACUCAAAGUCCGAAAAGUGUUUGACGUCUGUGCCAAAUAAAAGCAACAGAAGACACCAGGAAGAUGGUGUAAGUUAUUCAAAGUCCAAGAAACCAAGAAUCAAUAAACCACCAAACUCAAAAAAGGAGCUGCUCAGAACACAGAAGAUCUUUUGGGCCUCUGUCCCAGAACAGUAGUAGUUAUUUUGGUUGUUUUAAUCAGCUUUUAAAUAUAUGUUUGUCUAUAAAUGAUAAACAUUGCUAGUGUACCUUUAUGACAGUGUGAAAUUGCAAAAGAAUAAGACAAUACAUAUAUUGGACUUAUUUUCUGUUGUUGAAAGCAUGUACAAACUUCUGGGAUGUAACCCAAAAUUUUAUUUUACUUAGAAAAUGUUGAAUAUGUUAUCUAGUUGAUUUGACCUGUUUGUUUAAUAAAGUUUGUUUCUGCUUAAAAAUUC